GGUAAGAAGAGCGCUGUGUGUGGCGGAAGUUGCGCCGCUGUACACAAAAAUCUCCUCCGCUAGAGAAAAAGUGCCAACAGGCGAAAUAUCAGAAACACAGAGGAACCCGGCGGAGAGAGUUCAGAACGGAUUAACCGCUUUAAAACGCGUUUAAGGAUUAAUAAAACUGUGAAAUGCGGCGUGUUUAAGUUAUUCUGAGGUAAAUAAGGCCGUUUUUAUGCGGAUAUAAGUGGCGGUUUUUGAGUUCAGUCCUGCAGCGGAUCAGUCGGUUCGGAUUUCGGUUCGUUUUCUUCGGAUUUUCUCGGAUUUUCUCGGACAGAUGUGGUUAAUCUGCGGCUCCGGCAGCUCUCGCGCCUAAACCCCGGAGUAUUCGGGUUCUGUGGAGAGAUUCUGAGGGUUCUGGGGGAGAAGGCGAUGGCAGACAGCGGGCGAGCGAAGCCCCCGGGAGCUGCGGAGUGCCCCGGCAGCGGGAGGCGGAGAGGGGAGAGCCCGGGCGGCUCCAGCUUUAGCUCCAGCCCGGGCUCCGGCAGGAGGAAGGUGCCGCAGUCCCCCGGCUCUCGCUCCAAACAGCCGGCCAGCAACCUCGGCCACUCGCUCCGCAGGGUCACCCUCACCAAGCCCACCUUCUGCCACCACUGCAGCGACUUCAUCUGGGGGCUGGUCGGGUAUCUGUGUGAAGUGUGUAACUUCAUGUCUCAUGAGAAGUGUCUGAAGCACGUGCGGACCGUGUGCUCCUGUAUGGCAGCUUCAGUAGUGCGGGUUCCCGUAGCUCACUGCUUUGGUCCGGCCAGUCAGAAGAAGCGGUUCUGCUGUGUGUGCCGAAAAAACCUGGAAGGAACUGCAGCACUACGCUGUGAAGUGUGUGAGCUGCAUGUUCACAGUGACUGCGCGCCUUUCAGCUGCAGUGACUGUCGCCUGUGUCACCAGGACGGCGGACAGGAAUAUGACAUGUACCAUCACCACUGGCGGGAGGGGAACAUUGCGUCGGGAGCUCGCUGUGAGAUCUGCCGCCGUGCCUGCAGCUCCUCUGAUGUGCUGUCGGGCAUGAGGUGCGAGUGGUGUGGCAUCACGGCACACGCAUCCUGUUACGUAAUCAUUCCUCCAGAGUGCAGUCUGGGGCGUCUGCGCAGCAUGAUCCUCCACCCCAGCAGUGUACGCGUCUGCUCCCGCAACUUCAGCAAGAUGCACUGCUACCGCAUCUCCGAGUCGUCGCAGCAGUGCGAGCUGGAUAAUCUGGAUGAUGUGGAUGUUCAGACUCCAGCAGCAGCAGCAGCAGUGAAGGAGAAUCAGCCCUCAGGAUCAUCAGAUACUGGGAAACAGACUCUGAAAGUGUUCGACGGCGACGAUGCUGUGAAGCGUAACCAGUUCCGGUUGGUCUCCAUUCCUAGAAUUACCAAGAACGAGGAAGUGGUGGAGGCGGCGCUGAGGGCGUUCUACAUCCCCGACGAGCCGCAGGACUACGAGCUCCAGAUCCACACCCAGCAGCAGGGCCUGCUCACCGACGACAUCAUCAACCGCAACGGCACGCCCGACAACAAGGCCGUGUUUAAGGACAGCCCACCGGAGGCGUGGCUUCUCCGAGCCAAGCCCCAGGAGGCGGAGCUACUGAAGAUCUGCGCUGGCUGGCUCAGGUCUGGUAUUGCUUAUAUAUCCAUCACUGUUGGGAAGAGCAGUACUGUAGACUCUGUCCUGAAAGAAGUGCUGAUUCAGCUCGGCAAACAGGAUGAAAACCCUGAACAUUUCAACCUUAUGGAAGUUUUCAUGAGCAGCAAACAAGUGCAGCGGCAGGUUCUGGCUGGUCAGGAGCUGCUGCUGGAGAAGCUGAGGGAGAUCAGGAAGAUUUCCCUGCGGCAGAUGAAUCAGACGCGGUUCUACGUCGUGGAGAACCAGAAUCGGGUGGUGCAGGUGGAGCUGCUGCUGGGAGGACUUCCACAGAAUCUCAACACUGAGGAGUACACACAGCUCCUCCAGCAGCACCUGGAGAUUAAGAGUCACUUGGUCACUAUCAGUCAGGUGUACGCUGGACAAGGUGCGGUGGCUCUGCAGAUCAGCUGUUUCUCUGAAGCAGAGCGGAUCUACAUGCUGGCCAGGGACACCAGCAUUAACGGCAAGCAGCUCACCUGUCUAGUCAUACCUGAGAUCAUGAAGAGUAAACUAAUCCAGGGCUGCUCUCCCCUGCUGGUCUUCGUCAAUCCGAAGAGCGGAGGCCUGAAGGGCAGAGAGAUCCUCUAUGGCUUCAGGAAGCUUCUGAACCCCCAUCAGGUGUUUGAGCUGACCAGCGGAGGGCCGUUACCUGGGCUGCACACUUUCCGGGAGGUCCCGCACUUCAGGAUGCUGGUGUGUGGGGGAGACGGGACGGUGGGCUGGGUGCUGGGAGUGCUGGAAGCCAUCAGACACAAACUGUCCUGCCCUGAGCCAGCUAUUAGUAUUGUCCCUCUCGGCACAGGUAAUGACCUGGCGCGGGUUCUGAGGUGGGGUGCCGGCUACAGUGGAGAUGACCCCUAUAACGUUUUGGUGUCAGUGAGCGAGGCAGAUGAGGUGGAGAUGGACAGGUGGACCAUUCUGUUUGAUGCUCAGGAGAUGAAUGAGGACGGUACUCAGAACGGCUUCCUGGAGCCUCCGAAGAUAGUGCAGAUGAAUAAUUACUUUGGUCUGGGGAUUGAUGCUGAGCUCAGCCUGGACUUUCAUCACGCUCGAGAAGAAGAACCAGGCAAAUUCAACAGCAGGUUUCAUAAUAAAGGCGUGUACGUGAAGGUUGGCCUGCAGAAGCUCAGUCACACUCGAAACCUCCAUAAAGACCUGAAACUGGAAGUGGAUAAGCAGGACAUAGAGCUGCCCAGCAUAGAGGGACUCAUCUUCCUCAACAUCCCCAGUUGGGGAUCAGGAGCUGAUCUGUGGGGAUCAGACAGUGACUCUCGAUUUGAGAAGCCUAGAAUAGAUGAUGGUAUGCUGGAAGUAGUGGGAGUGACUGGAGUGGUACACAUGGGUCAGGUCCAGAGUGGGCUGCGCUCAGGGAUCCGGAUUGCCCAGGGCAGCUACAUCCGCAUCACAGUGACCAAACCCAUCCCAGUGCAGGUGGACGGGGAGCCGUGGAUUCAAGCACCCGGACAAAUCAUCAUCUCCGCUGCUGGACCAAAGGUGCACAUGCUGAAGAAGUCCAAGACCAAGCAGAAGAAGCAGUCUGGCAGUGUGAAGGAGGGACGAUCCGAGAGCCCAGCGCGAGAGGAUGGAGCGAACUGACUCUCUCACACCCAUACACACACACACACAUUCAGUGCACACACACACUCAGUGCACACACACUCAGAAUACCAGCAGACAGCUGGAUAUCACCGUGAUGCAGGCCACUGGGUUAACAAGGCUCCGCCUCAGCGCACACUCCCAUAACGAGAGCUCACAGUGUCCGCAGGGUUACAGAUCACUCCAUCAGAGAGAGAAUAUAUAGUGUAUAAUAUAAAGUCUAGAAAGUAAAGGUAUUGCAUAAUCUAUAGUGCAUAGUGUCCUCCAGGGGGAUCUGUUCCAAUAUCCAGAGAAUUAAGCUCACUUAAAUGCACCCUAUUCCCUGCUGACCUCCCCUAUUCACUUAUUUUACAUUUUAUCUACCCCACGAUGAGGAUGCUGAGCAUCUGAUGAUGUAAUUAUGUUA